AUGCCUCUAGUUUUCAAACAAGAAGCUAUCAAUGGGAUACUCCUUACGUUUCAUUCCCAAAAAGAACUCUCAAGCUUUGCUCAUCAAAAACUAAUUGAAAUGACCGGAGAGGAAGUGAUGAGCCAGGAACAAGUCACUGAGUUUUUUAAGAAGAUCGAUAAAUUAGAAUUCCAAAUAAAAGAGGAUGUCCAGAAAGUGACGCUGGCACAGAUUCUUAAUGUUCCGAACUUUGUGGAGAAAUACUUGGAUAUUAGAACGAGACUCCGCCUCCGUAAGACCUGCAAAACUAUCCGUGAAAUCCUCAAUGAAAAGCCGCUAUACAAAGACAGUGUCAACUACAAAUAUAAUGACUUGGUGAUCGAGAUUUCUACAGAUGGAGGCUUCAAGAUCUCUUACGAAUUCAUAGAAAAAAAUGGAUUAAAAGUGACUAAUGGGGAUAGAGAGAAAGUGAUCGGAACGGAUGACGAAGGAGAGCAGGUUGAGAUAAUUCAACGGGAUUUGAGUUCGAUCCUUUGUAGUGAGAAGCAGAGAAUUGACACUUUUGAAAUCCAAGAAAACUCAGAAACCUCCAAUUUUGUUGAGGAACAUAUGAUUGGAGAGAAACUCCUUAAAAAUCCCAAUCUGAAACAAUUCAAAAUAGAAGCAUGGUAUGGUAUGGAUGCUCGUCACGUCAGAGAAAUCAGAUCAAGUUUCCAACAAUACAACACCAACAACACUCCGUACCCGUGCUGGGUCAGUAUUCCAUACCCGGAUUCUGAUAAGAAAUUGGAGAUGUUGAUAAAUAAGAAAAUGAUAUGGUUCAAAGGACCGUGUUAUGUGGAGGGAGAGGUGGAAGAAGAGAUAGAUGAUGACUAUUCAGAAGAAAUUUGCAUUGGGAUCCUCUACACUCUCCAUCUCCAAAAGGACACCCCAAUCGUUGCCCACCAAAAACUAAUGGAAAUGGCUAAAGGAGAGGAAGUGAUGGAUCUAGAUCAAGUCACCGAGUUUUUUGAGAAAAUCGAUAACGGAGAAUUCCGAUUGAAGGAUGAAGUCGAGAAAAUGAUUCGGUUUAGGAGAGCGUGUUAUGUGGAUGGAAAUGGGAAAGAAGAAGAGAUAGCAGAUGAGGAGGCGGAAGACGAAGAAGAAGACGCUAUGGAGAAAGAAGAUGAGCAUGAGAUGCUGCCGCUGAACACUUUGAAUUUAAACGAUUCCUAA